GCGGGGGCGCGCUGCCCGCCGCGGUGCCGCGCGCGGGGCGCGGCGCGGGCGAGGAGGGCUGGGCGCCGGCAGCGCGAGGCGUGGAGUCGCCGGCUGCGCAGGUCGAGGAUGCGCCGGCCUUGCGGCCAGGGACCCCCGGGCGGUCCGCUGCGGAGGAGCACGCGGCCCUGCUGGCCCUGGCCGGGGCCAUCCGGGCGGAGAACGAGCGGCUGCGCGUUGAGAGCGCGGGGCUCGUUCGCGAGGAGUCGGAGCACUUGGACGCGAGGCUCGGGCGCAAGCGUGCCAGGUUCUCCUUCGACUUGAAGAAGGUCGACGCCCUCUGCUACGUCCUGCUGGCGGUGAUCGUGAUGACCCCCUGUUGCCACAUGAUGCUGUGGUGCGUCAGGCACAACGGCGUCGGAGGAAUAUCUGGCUGGUGCUCCUCGUGCGGCGAGUUCUGGUUAUACCGCAGCCAGGCGUUUUGGUUCCUCCUCCUCUGGUGGUUGCUGGUGGUGGUGCUUGCCAGCAGGGUUCUUCUGCAGCUCGGCGCGGCAAAGAGCCUGACGACGGUGGUGGACAGGGUGUACGUCGGCUACCUCCUGGCGGGCCUGAUAGCCAUCAUGCUCCACGAGCUUUACGUCGAGAUCCAGAAGUUGCUGAACCGGGCGAGGGAUUACAUCCUUGGGCAGUUCAACACCUUCAAGGACUCCGUGAAGCAUGGGCUGGCCGCGGCUAAGGGUACGCUCAAGGACGUGGAGCACGCGGCUCAGAAUGUGAGCCCGGCGGCGAAGAAGGCCUACCACGCGGCGGGGGACUUCGCAUCCGCCCACUCCCCGAAGGGGAAGGCCUGCUGCUGAGCCGUGCGCCGCUCCGCCCGCGCGGAGGGCGGGAAAGCAGCGCCUGCCUUCCCCUCCCCCCCCCUCCGCGGGAGGACACGCUGCGCCCACUGGUGCGACCCCCUCCCC